AUGGAAGGAUUAUAUGAAAAUAAUUUUGCUUUUAAUACAAAAGGUUACAAAUUCGGCAUUGAUGCAUUAUCAGACGAACCAUUAGGAUACAAAUUACAAAAAUCGAAUAUCCACCAAUGUGUUUAUUCAUAUUGUUCAUUCUCAACAAAUAUCACAAGUUCAGGUCAGAAUUCAUCUAAAGUUACCACAUGGACAAAUGACAGAAAGGUCAAGAAUUAUGUUGUUGAAUCAGGUCAAACACUCACAUUGAAUAGUAUUAAUCUUCUUUUACUUGACCCAAUUCUUAGCGAUAUCACUUUAUCAAAAAUUAUAUUUGACGACCCAGACAAAGCCAAGAGAUAUGGCAACAAAAAGUAUAAUUUUUUGAUUGAAAUCUGGACAAUACCACCUCCAACACAAACACCAGAACCUACACCAGAGCCUACACCUGCUACUACACCUGUACCAGCAGCUACUCCUGCACAAACAACUACAUCCAAGGAAAUAAUCACUCCUGAAAUGACAACCAGUAAUACCAAUAAUAAUGAUAAUAAUAAUGAUGAUAAUAAUGAUCAAGGAAGUGAUCAGAAAACCAAAACUGGAAAACUAGGAACCGGUGCUAUUGUAGGAAUAAUAAUUGGCGCUAUCUUUAUUGUUGCCUUAUGCAUUGCUACAAUUUUCAUCAUCAAGAAACGUCAAAUAAAGGCAGAAAAAGGAAGUGAAUCCCAAGCUCAACUUAUGAAUUUGGUUUAA